UUCUGCUCUUCCCUACCCUGCUGCAACUACCCGAAAGAAAAAAAAAAAGGGGGAACCCAGCCAUGCCUUGAGGAAACCGGUAGAGAGCUUGAUUUUUCCCUUCUUUUCUUGUCCAAGAACCUGAUUUGGAACCCAGAAAUCUCCCCCCCUGCAGGAAGCUUCCGGAUCUGCUCUGCUCUUCCCUCUGCUGUCCGUCGGCUUCAGCUUGUGGGUGCGAAAUUCUAGGCCUUUUGGAAUUUUGAUAGAUUUCCCGUGAGCCCGUGAGCUUUCUUCUUCCAUGCCGCCGGCCUCCCCCCAAUCUGCAGCUCCGGUUUUAGCUGGAAAUUAUGGAAGCGAAACCGAGGACGGGGAAACCACGGGAAGUGACGAGUUAGAAGGCUAGCCAUUUCGAGAUUUGAUAUAGAUUUUAGAAAUAAAUCAUGAUCUUGUAGUUGGAGAUUUUAAUUAGAGAUUUAUGAUAUUAGAACAAAUUAUAAAAUUUGAUCUUCAGAUUUUGAUGGUAUCAGAUUGUGGUAUGAUAAGUUCCGAGCCUUGUGCAUUUAUGGGAUCCAUCUCACGAGUGCACAGUGUCUAUCACGUCCCCGGAUUCGGGUUCUGGGGCGUGACAUAGUAAAUGUUGUAAUCAUAAGUACAAAUUGAGUUGGCUCAAGGGCACACUCUAAUGGUUGUGAUGAGCAACUAAUAAGUUAUUGACCCUUUU